AACGUAAGGUCGAACGGUAGUAGCACGUCGACUCUGCGUGAGCAAACCAGUUCGUGUCAGACAGUUCUACGAGUUUUCACCAGAUUGACAAAGCAAUUCGACAAGAGCGAAGCAGACGGCGACAGAUAUGAGAAUCAGGACGUUCCUGAUCACCGUGAUUGUGCUCUUGUUUAUUUUCGCAGAUACAGAUGGUCGUAAGUCGGGCGGACGGAGCAGCAGCGGAAGCGGUUCUCGGAGAAGAACUUCUAAUACGAGAACGACGCAACGACCUCGAACAACACAGGGAGGUUCAACUCCAAAUAGGAUAGGAUGGAACGUACCACCGAACAAUAAUAACAAAGCGCCCAGUAGCAGCAAUGCUAAACCAUCGGCCCCGGUAUCUGAACACGCUUCGAAAACCAGCGCGACGAAUGUACAAUCCGGACAUCCAUCAGGAAAUCCGCCACCAUAUAGUCCAUCCGGAUAUCCAUCAGGAAAUCCGCCACCAUAUAGUCCAUCCGGUGGAUAUCCCCGACAACCCGCUGGCAACACUUACAGUGGUGCAGGAUACAAUCAAGGAUACCCAUCGCCCAACAUGAACCCAUCAUAUCCCGGUUACGGUGGGCACUCACCAUAUGGUCAAGCUUACAACCCGUCUAUGCACCAUAACGCACCACCCGCUUAUACUCCUUACGGCGGCGGACAAUCUUAUGGUGGAUUUGGACAUGGUGGACAUCAGUCAUAUGGUCAACCAUCCUACGCUCAGCCGUCCUAUGUUCAACCAGCUAUCGCUCAAGCACCAGCUCUCACAGUUUUGCAGCCAAGCCGACCUGGUAUUGGCCAACUGGCCAAAGAAGCGUUAGUUUACUCCAGCGUGAGCGCUGGCGUGAGUGCGGCCGUGAAUAGAUUGCUGCCGGGUGGCAUUUAUGGUAGAAGUCCAGGCAGUGGUGGUGGCGGUGGCAGUCAUACCGAGAUCACGUACAACAAUUACUAUAAUAAUCAAUCGAAUCCUACCGGGGCUAACGGGGAGACGUCGAACAAUAAUGGCGCGUCCAGCGCGGCUCAACCGCCGGUUCAGCCACCGCCACCAGCGGCAGAUAAGAAGGUUGAAGCUAAUGCGCCUAGCAAUGCUGGCUCGACGGACAAUGCCAACUCUCAGCUGCCACCACAGAAUGACAAUCCGAGCCAACCGAAUUAUCCCAUCUCCAACGAUGAAGUUAAGAAACUGUCGGAGAGCCUUGUCGAAGUGGAUAAGAACAAUGCGUACAAGUAUAUAACUGUGAAUCUGCAAGGCGAAACGAAGGAAGACAGCACCACGGAUGACGCUUCAUUGCCCUUGUUGGAUGUGAAACCCGAGGCGUAUGAGAUUCCGACGAUCAAAAGCGUGCUAGCGUUGCAGGACAACUACGAACUGGAUGUGAAAACCAAAGAGACCGUCACAUCCGAUGAACGGAGAGAGGAGUCCGAACUGCUCGACAAGUUCAUGGAAACCGAAGUGCUUAAAGCGGCGAUGAAAUUUUUAGCUGACAAAGGAUUCAUUCCAAAUGACGAAUACGAGUUCAAGGACACCCUGAAGCGUAUCUGGUUCUCGCAGUUCCGGCGAGUCGAGGGAGAACCAUCGAGUUCCGGUUUUGAGGCGGUGUUCGUGGCGGAGAAGCUCGACUCGUACAUGAUUGGGCCGCAGAAUUGGAUUUACUUUGCCAAGCAGGAAGCACAGAAAAAGCUCGACUAUCGCGGAUACAUCAAAGACGUGAAACUUGGAGAUAAGGGAGAGGCUAUCAAGAUACGUACGGCGUUUAAUAUACCAGACACGAAGCACGCGGUCACAACCCUCCUUGUGGGUCUUUCGCCCGAGCUGGAGAUGGCACUUUACACAGUAUGUUUCUACGUUCGCCCGAACGACGUUUGUCCGGUUUCAUUAGCCGGAAAGGACGUCAAUUUAGUCUCUACGAGAUUCAACGACUUUGGCAAAGAUAUUCUGAUCGCCGGCUUCAUUGCGGGAUAAAAUUCAAUUUAACAUCGAAAUCAUGCUUGCUCUAUGUAAGUUAUAUGAUUAUAGCUCGAAGUAGAUGUUCAAAAAACACUCACGCGAAUCUUAUUCGAAUAGAACAACACACGUAGAACAAAAUUAAAUAUUUAUGUAAACGCGUAUUGUUUUUAAUUAUAUAUCGAUCCAGCAUAUAAUGUUAAGAUAUAUUUUUUAUCCACUGAAUAUGUACAAAGUAAAAUUAUCAGAAAAGAAA